CACUAUUCCCCAUCCGCCAACGUUUUGAAUGCAUCCGAGAGCUUAAACCUGUCCAGAUGCCUGCGGGCCUAGCUCAGUUGGUUGUGGAAAAGGUCUGGACCAGGUCGGGAGCAGGUGCGGGCCGGGUGUGGAACAGGUGUGGAGCAGGUCUGGAUCAGAUGUGGUCCAUUGCUCUGGACAAGGUGCGGGACCAGGUCUCGAGCAGGUGUGGACCAAGUGUGGACCAGAUGUGGUCCAGUGUCGUGGACCAGAGGUGGUCCAGUGUCGUGGACCAGAUGUCGUCCAGUGUCGUGGACCAGAUGUCGUCCAGUGUCGUGGACCAGAUGUGGACCAGGUGCUCUGGACCACGUGCUCUGGACCAGGUGUCGUCGACCACGUGUGGACGAAGUGUGGACCAGAUGUGGUCCAUUGUGGUCGGGGACAAGGUGUGGACCAGCUGUGGGUCCAUUGCUCUUGACAAGGUGUGGCCCAGGUGUGCAGGAAGAGUGAAUCUGACCGUCUUCCAGUUCAGCAGCAUGUCCGUUGUUCAAGUACAGAUGAUGAAGCCUCCGGAGAUGUUUCAGAAGGAUGGGCAAUCUGAGAAUGGAAGAGCAGCCUCCGUAGAGAUCGAUCAUUUUGGCGACGUGGCGGAUGCGGAGGCCGUGUACCGCUGUAACAGCAAAUCAGGCACGGGCGUUGUUCCGCCAGAAAAGCGAUCCAUGCUCCAGUCCAUCUGUUACUUGCCGGGGAGUCUCCAACUCCUGGACCAGAGGAAGCUUCCCCGUGAAUGUGUCUACUUGGACAUAAAGAGCGCAGAGGAUGCUUGGCACGCGAUCGUCGACAUGGCUGUCAGGGGCGCACCCGCAAUUGCCAUUGCUGCAGCUCUGUCUUUGGCUGUGGAGCUGGCCAACAGCAGGAAUAAUGGGUCUGGCUUCUUCUCCCAAUCCAGGACGGCAAAGGAGGUGGUAUCCUUCAUCGAGAGCCAGCUAGAUUACCUUGGGACAAGCCGUCCUACGGCAGUCAAUCUGUUUGAAGCAAUCAAAUUCUUCAAGCGAGAGAUAGCAGCAGCAGCUGAUCGUGGCAUAACGGGCGAAGAUAUCGUGCAGGUGUAUGUAGAUGCCGCCGAACGGAUGUUAGAGGAGGAUGUCAAGUCGAACAUGGCGAUUGGUGACCACGGGGCGCAAGCCAUCUGCGAAGAUCUGAAGGUGAAGAAGGGUGUCGAUAAGUUCAGGAUUCUGACGCACUGCAAUACAGGAAGCCUGGCGACUGCAGGGUACGGAACAGCUCUUGGCGUAAUCCGGUCCUUGCAUAGAAUGGGGAAGCUGGAGGCGGCAAUUUGUACGGAGACAAGACCGUAUAAUCAGGGUUCACGGUUGACCGCCUUUGAGCUUGUGCACGAUGGCAUUCCUGCGCUUUUGGUGGCCGAUUCUGCUGUGGCGUCGCUGAAGGCAUGUGGUCGCGUGGAUGCAGUUGUUGUUGGUGCCGAUCGCGUCGCUGCAAAUGGAGACACUGCUAACAAGAUCGGGACGUACGCCAUCGCUCUCUCUGCGUUUCAUCAUGGAAUCCCUUUCUAUGUGGCAGCACCAUUUACAACCGUUGAUCUCCUCACUCAUUCUGGCACCGACAUCCAUAUUGAGGAGCGAUCGCCAAAGGAGCUGACCCACUCUCACGGUGGCCAUGGCACCCAGGUCGCUCCUUCCGGAAUCGAUGUGUGGAAUCCUGCAUUUGACGUCACGCCUGCGCAGUUUAUCGCCGCCAUAUUGACUGACAAGGGGGUCAUCAGGAAGCCGAGGGGCCUCCACGUGUUCGACAUCUCCUACUGGCUGAGGGGAGGAGGAACAGCGCGCAGUGCAACGGCAGUCCCAAGCGUGGCCUUGAGCCCCGCUGCCGUCCGGAGGCUUUCCAACCCAUCAUCACCGCAGGAAGGCAGCCCCGAUGACGACUCUGCACAUCCAGACUUCCAUGAAGUCGGGGACGAGUUUGAGCCGCUCGAUGGCGAGGGUGUUCGUAAGUAUGUUGGAAAGUACAGUGAGCUUUCGUCGCGAGUUGGUGGGGACCACCCAAAUGAGUGGACUGUGAGGGAAGUCGGUGACGGCAACAUCAACUUUGUGUACAUUGUAGAGGGCCCUCGAGGAGGUAUCAUUGUGAAACAGUCGUUGCCGUAUGUUCGAUGUGUCGGAGAUUCGUGGCCUUUGACAUUGGAGAGAUCCUACUUUGAGGUGGAAGCUCUGAAAGAGCACGGGCGGAUUUGCCCCGAGCACGUCCCUGAAGUAUAUCACGAGAACCCUACGAUGGCUGUGAUUUCCGAAAGAUACUGCGAGCAUCCGCACAUCAUUCUUCGCAAAGGCCUUAUUGCAGGGGUAGUCUAUCCGCUUCUGUCGGAGCAUAUGGGGGAAUACUUGUCACGCACCCUCUUCUUCACUUCUCUGUUUGCGCUCAGCAGUGGGGACCACAAGAAAGCCGUGGCCAAGUACUGCAAGAACUCUGAAAUGUGCAGAUUGACAGAGCAGGUGGUAUUCACAGAGCCGUACAUGAAUGCAACCAACAACAGGUGGACGAGUCCGCAGCUGGACGAGGAUGCGCUUCGGCUUCGGAAGGACAGGAGGCUAAAGCUGGCAGUCGCCGAGCUGAAGUCUAAGUUCUGCGAGCGUGCUCAAGCGCUGAUUCAUGGCGACCUCCACACCGGGUCCAUUAUGGUCACGCAGACAUCCACACAGGUGAUCGACCCGGAGUUUGCCUUCUAUGGGCCGAUGGGUUUCGACUUGGGGGCGUACUUCGGGAAUCUCAUGCUCUCAUACUUCAGCCAGGAUGGCCACCCCUCCUCCCCUUCCUCCGUGGGUUGCCCAGGAGGAGGCGAAGGAAGGGAGGGUUUCAAGGCAUGGCUGCUGCAAUUGAUUUCUGAGACCUGGAGUCUAUUCUCAGAGAAAUUCCGGGCUCUCUGGAGAUUGCACGCAACCAAUGGACACGUCUACAACGUGGCGAUGUUCCCCACCGCCCGCGAAGGCGGCGAUGACGAGUUGAGCAUUGCACAGGAAGCAUUCAUGCAGGAGCUUCUGGAAGAUACUUUGGGAUUCGCAUCAGCCAAGAUGAUCAGGAGGAUUGUUGGGAUUGCGCACGUUGCCGACUUCGAGGAGAUCCACGAUCCCGACGUUCGAGCAGUCUGCGAGAGGCGUGCAUUGAACUUUGCAAAGUCCCUUCUGAUUCGCAGGAAGGGGAUUAGCUCCAUGGAAGAGGUUGUCCAGGACCUCAAGAAAGCAUCAUAGUAUGUCAGCCCAUCUAGAUUCAAUUUGCUGUCUCAGAAGGUAUCCCAGAGGGUGCGGGGAAGGGAGGGAGGGAGGGCUGAAGGAAUGCGAAGGCAACUGAAUGCAGCUGGGUUUCUUCACCUUUCCCUCACAGUAUUUGUACAGACGAACGCUUGGCAUGCUCAUAAAUGUUUCCGAGAUUGAGAGGAUUGUUGUACAACUAGCACAUCUCUCGGAAAGCAAGGAAAUGUGUGAGGAACCGCACACACACACACACACACACAGAGAUAGAUAGAUAGAUAGAUAGAUUGAGAGAGAGAGAGAGAGAGAGAGAGAGAGAGAGAGAGAGAGAGAGAGAGAGGUUGUUGCACAUUGUAAAUUGGUUUCAAGAUGAGCUCCAAUCAUGCAGCCGCAGAGAGAGUAACCAUCGAUGUUCAAUCUGAAUGCGAAGCUUCCAGCAAAUUAUACCGAUCACAGACUUGGAGGAUGGGAGGGGGCUCUUUCCCUGCGGAAUGUGGAUUCAUGUGGUCUUAUCACUGUGGUCUCUGGCAGACCUGUUCAGCAGGAAUUGUGCUGCAUCCAACUCAAGCGCAGGCAGUCAAAGUCUUUUUCUAUACGGCAGAACGCUGCCCACUUGCAUCUCCUCAAAGGGCUGUUCCCCUUUACUAACGGCACAGCAUGUUCAAGAUAUGAGCAUGUGGUUGGGGGCGCGGGGGGGGAGGGGUGUGCUGGGAGAAAGGAGAGACUUGGUGUUGAGGGGUCUAAUUCAGAUCCACACAAGCAGGUGCACUUUUCAGUUACCGUAAUAGGAAAGGAUGAUGGGAGGUCGACAUUAGCAGGCUCUGUAUGAUGUAGGCAAUUCCAGAGAGAACGGGACAGUGCAGAGUGAACCCACUGGUUUUUAGCAGACGGCCUGCAAUCUUUCUUUCCUUUUUUUUCUUUUUCUUUUUUUUUCUUUUUUCCACAAUCUACAUAAAGGACUGGGGCAUGUUAUAGACAGGACGGGGGACGGGUUAGCACAGUGGAUGCCCCAGCUUCUAGCAGCAGCAGCCCAUCUGGAAUGGGGAUGUUGUGGUGAACAUUCACAACACACAAAAAAAAAAGAGGGAUGGCAUACCCGAGGCAACGAAUGGGGUCUGGAACUGCAGGGAAUCGCAGAGAAGACGAGACAGCCCAGAGGGAAGACUGUGAGGAGAAGCUGCACGCCCGGACAGCACCAUUGUCGGUGGAGGUCCCUCUGUCUUGCCCCGAAUAUAGAUCGUAUAAUCGUCAUUAUUGCUGUAUCUAGCCAGAAAGUUGCCCCCAAUACAGGCAUAAGGACCUUAUGUUGUACUCGGGGGAAGAUGGUAGGUUUCAACAGUAGACUAUCUGCAAUUGGAUCUGGGCAUAGUAUAGGAAACGGGGUCUGUGCAUACUACAGAAAAUCUCAGACAGGAUGGGACAGGACUGGACAGGACAGGACAGGACAGGACAGGAGAGUACAGUAUAUCUUGCGUCUAAAGCUUUCAUAAU